CUAAAUUGGGCUGUUGCCCGAAAGAGGAAGUUCAACCCAAGAACACCCCGGGCAGUCAACCUGUAGACAGGAGAAGAAAUUUCUCACACGGAUGCAAAAAGAGAUGGUUAAUUCACCAUGUGGCGACCACAACGAGAGUAUUGGGAACAAGCAGACCUAUUCUACGGAUUCAUUCGAUGAGGAGGGAAGGAAGAUGAUGGUGGAUGGAGAAGUGAAAUCAGUAAAGGAGGAUUCUGAGGGUAACAUGGAUAAUCAGGAAAGUGGUAAAGGCACUACUUCGGAGCAGCUCACACCUUUAAUUGCAAAGGACUAUAACUCAGCAAAAAAAGAUGCGUCUUUUAUUGCAAAUGAUUUUACUGAAGAGAAAGAAGGCGGGGCUAAGAAGAGAAAGACCGCUAAAAGGGGCAGUGCUGCAGGCAAAAAUAGGGUGAGCUACGAAGAAAACCUGCCAAGCGCUGAAAUGGAGAGGGGAUAUGCUCUUCCAAGGAGGAAAUCAAGUCGCUAUGCACAAAUGAGGAUUAAAAACAUCGAUGCUCAAUACUUGGAGCUGGAUGAAGCGUGUAAAAGAAGAAGGAAGGGGAGCAUAACGGAAAGGAUGGUUAAAGAUUCUCUGAAAGGUAGAAGUGGUAAAGCUCAGCCUAACUUGGAAGAUAAUGACAGCCCAAUUAAAAGUAAGAAAACUAGGAGAGGGGAAAAGAGGACUUUAACUGAAGACAUUGAGGAAGAAGACAAAGAUGAGAAAGUUAAUGGAAAUGCAGUUAGUGCACAUGGCCUUCGACGUAGGAAAUCUAAUAAUGUAUGCAGUUUAUCUGGACCAAAGAUCAGAAAGGAUGAAGAUGGAAAUGAGUUUGAGUCAAAUAUGUGUCACCAAUGCCAGAGAAAUGACAAAGGAAUGGUUGUUCGUUGCACAAACUGCAAGACAAAGAGAUAUUGUCUGCCUUGCAUGGCCACAUGGUAUCCUGGUAUGACACAGGAAGCUUUUGCAGAGAAGUGCCCGGUUUGUCUAAAAAACUGCAAUUGCAAAUCAUGUUUGCGGUUGGAAGGCUCUAUAAGGGAGUUGAAAGGUAUACGAGUUGAAUUCAGCAAAGAUGAGUGUGUCCAGUACUCUAAGUAUAUAUUGCAGGUGCUUUUACCUUUCUUGAGACAAUGCAAUGCACAACAAAUCAGGGAAAAGGAGACUGAAGCAAUGAUUCAUGGAGUUGCCUCUUCUAUUUUAGAGCUUCAAAAGGUGAACUGCCCGUUUGAUGAGAGGAUGAAUUGUGGCAACUGUAAAACGUGUAUUGUUGAUUUUCACCGAAGCUGCGCAAACUGUUCCUACAAUCUAUGCCUUGCCUGUUUUCAAGAGCUUAGGAAUGAAAGCUCGAAGGGUGGACCUAAUGCAAAAAGAACCUCCAAAAAAGCCAAGAGAUUCAUUGAAAGUGGUAGAAUUGUUUGUCCAACUUGUAAUGUUGAAAGUUUAGAGUUAAGGCACUUAUUGGGGGAGAACUACAUUUCUGAAUUGCUUGCAAAGGCAGAAGAAAUAGGGAUGAAGUUGAAUUUAGAUGACAUGCCCAAAAGUUCUCCAGAAUGUUGCGCUUGUUUGAAAACUAUAGACGGGGAAGAUAUUGGCAGGAGUUAUAAUGUAAGGAAAGCAGCUUCUAGGGAGGGUUCUGAUGAUAAUGUUUUGUACAAUCCAGUAGCAGCCAAGAACAUUGAGGAUGAGGAUCUGAAGCACUUUCAAUGGCAUUGGGGUAAAGGAGAGCCAGUGAUUGUCAGUAAUGUAUUAGAAACUACGUUCGGACUAAGCUGGGAACCGAUGGUUAUGUGGCGUGCAUUCCGCCAGCUAAGAAGUCAAAAUGAAAUAAUUGCUGUUAACUGCUUGGAUUGGAGUGAGGUCAACGUUAAUAUCCACCAAUUUUUCAAAGAAUAUAUGGAUCUUCCUUUCGAAAGUGGGUGGCCUAAAAUUCUGAAGUUGAGUAACUGGCCAACAUCUGAUUCAUUUGAGGAACGCUUACCACGUCAUGAUGCUGAGUUCAAACACUUGCUGCCUUUUAAGACAUAUACAAACCCUCUACACGGGUAUCUAAAUCUUGCCACAAAAUGGCCUUCAGAGUUCUUAAAGCCAAAUAUGGGACCAAAAGCAUGUAUAGCUUAUGGAAUUCAUUUGGAGCUUGGGCGUGGAGAUUCUGUAACCAAACUCCAUUUCGAUACGUCUGAUUCUGUGAAUGUUUUAACGCAUACUCAAGGAAUAAACCUAACACCUGAAAGUCUUUCAACUCUUAAAAAAGUUAGAAUGAAGCAUGCUAUCCAUGAUGAGAAUUAUCGAAUGAUGGCUGAUAUGGCUGAAAAGAAAGAGACUGAGAUUCAAAAGCUUACAGAGGAUUGCUCUAUGCUGGGCAAAAGAAAAAAUUUCACUUGUGAGAAGCCAGAGAAAAAAUGGUAUACUGAUGGAACAGUUGGUGAUUUUAAGAAUGGUGAUGAAGCUCAGCAGGGAAAGGAUCCUAGAGGAAAUGAUUGUGCUGAGUUUGAAGAGUCUGAUGGUGGUGCUCUUUGGGACAUCUUUAGAAGAGAAGAUGUCCCUAAGCUUGAAGAAUACAUCAGGGAACAAUUUAAGGAGUUUGGGCAUAUUUAUACUUGCCAAGACACACAGGUUGUGCACCCAAUACACGAUCAAUGUUUUUACUUGACCAUUGAGCACAAGAAAAGACUCAAACAAGAAUAUGGGGUUGAACCAUGGACAUUCGUUCAAAUAUUAGGGGAUGCUGUUUUUAUUCCGGCAGGCUGCCCUUAUCAAGUUCGGAAUUUGAAGUCGUGCACAAAUGUUGCUCUUGGCUUUGUAUCUCCUGAAAGUUUCUCCCAAUGCGUUAGAUUAACUGAGGAAAUCCGCUCACUUCCCCAAAAUCACAGUGAAAAAGAAGAUAAAGUAGAGGUAAAGAAAAUGAUGGUGUAUGCUGUAGCCCAUGCACUCCGGACUUUGGAUAUGCAUGACUGAACCCAAUGAAACCCAAUGAUUGAAAUUUGUGUGCUUGUGUACUCAGAAGAUUGGUCAUUUUUAUACCAUUCUUGUUAAUUUUCAAGUUUAGUUGGCCACUUGCCGUAUGACUUUCGAAAUGAAUCUCAGCGAGUUCUAGAUGUUUUUAUUCUUACUUAUAUAAUGUAGCAAAGUUGGUAUUAGUUCUGACUCCGAAAUUGCCAUCCAAAAAUUGGCAAUUUCUGUAAUGGGUGAUUGCCACCAAAUUCAUCCAGAGCUCGGGCGGCAUGGAGAUUCUGUUAUCAAACUUCACUUUGAUGCGUGUGAUUUGUAUGCUGCACUGAUGCUUUCCCUUUGUCAGACUUCAAUGUUUUGUUCUAUUUAUUUUGUCACCACAUUCAUACCUUUAGCCCGUGUUUGGUUCAAAGGAGGGAUGAAAGCGGAGAGUCAAAGAGUUAAGGGGAGAGAAGAAGGAUGGAUUUUGAUAAAAGAAUUGUGUUUGGUUGAAGGAAAAGGAAGCAAGUUUAUUAGAGUGAAUUUCCCAAUUUCCCUUAUUUGAUAAUUUGUUCGCCAUAAGUUCGAUAAUAAAUGCAAUAGAUCUAAAUAUUAUUAAUUGAGUUCAAAAGUCAUGGAGUAUUAU